UUAAGCGCGGCACGUCGUCGCGGCGAAUUUUGAGCCGCAACCGAUGGUGGACCGAACAGGGAACUCUACCUGCCAGCGUCUUCACGGAAAGACCGUUACAAGAAAUCACGCCGGCCAUAGCGAUUAUUUGGAUUAGUUCGUUCACCACGACGAUUUUAUCCAAGUAGCGCGAACAGAGUUCAUCAUGUCUUCACCUCGCAGUUCAUCAUGUCUUUCGCAUCGGGACCAAGCCAUGCGGCCUACACGUGGGCGACGCAAGGAGGAUUCGGUAAUCAGACGGUGGUCGACAAAGUGCCGCCGGAGAUGCUCCACCUGGUCGACGUCCACUGGUACCAAUUCCCGCCGAUGAACCCUCUGUGGCACGCGCUCCUCGGCUUCGUCAUCGGCAUACUUGGCUCGGUAUCCGUCAUCGGUAACGGCAUGGUGGUAUACAUAUUCACCACCACCAAGAGUCUCCGCACGCCAAGCAACCUGCUCGUCGUCAAUCUCGCCAUCUCUGACUUCCUCAUGAUGUUGUGCAUGUCUCCAGCUAUGGUGAUCAACUGCUAUUACGAGACUUGGGCGCUAGGACCCUUGUUCUGUGAAUUGUACGGCUUGGCGGGCUCCCUGUUCGGGUGUGUCUCCAUAUGGACAAUGACGAUGAUCGCAUUCGACAGGUACAACGUAAUUGUGAAAGGCUUGUCUGCUAAGCCAAUGACCAUUAACGGCGCCCUCCUUCGCAUAUUCGGCAUCUGGGCUUUCUCGUUACUCUGGACAAUCGCUCCGAUGUUCGGAUGGAACCGCUACGUGCCCGAGGGCAAUAUGACUGCCUGUGGUACCGAUUACCUGAGCAAGGACAUGCUCUCCAGAUCGUACAUCCUGGUCUACAGCGUCUUCGUCUAUUUCUUGCCGCUGUUCCUCAUCAUCUACAGCUACUUCUUCAUCAUUCAGGCCGUCGCCGCUCACGAGAAGAACAUGCGCGAGCAAGCGAAGAAGAUGAACGUCGCUUCUCUGCGAUCGGCCGAGAACCAGAGCACCAGCGCCGAGUGCAAACUGGCCAAGGUAGCUCUCAUGACCAUCUCCUUAUGGUUCAUGGCGUGGACUCCGUACCUAGUCAUCAAUUGGGCGGGCGUCUUCGAGACGACCAAGAUCAGCCCGCUCUUCACGAUCUGGGGCUCUCUCUUUGCCAAAGCGAACGCUGUAUACAAUCCCAUUGUGUACGGCAUCAGCCAUCCUAAGUACCGAGCUGCUCUCUUCCAGAGAUUCCCGUCUCUGGCGUGUACCUCCGAGUCGUCGGCUGGGGCGGACACGGUGUCCACGACCACCACGGUUACAGAAGGCGAAAAACCUGCCGCAUAAAAUAAUGACGCUGUACACAUCGGUUUUUUGACGAUGCAAUAGACUUGCUAAAUGGACGUAACGUCGUUGAAAUACUGUUAUAUUCUCGUCAUAAAGAAAUCGCAUCAUCAAGCACGAGUUGUAAAUAGUUGCAUUUUAAAUAACGCGAGAAAGAUACAUCACUAACGAGAAUACAUUUAAGCGUGAUUUUGUAUCCGUAAGAGAAUGUCGAUUAAUUGUGGUCAAAGCAAGACCUAAAAGCCAAGCCCGAUAUGCGAAAAACUGUAACAACGAGGGUUAAACGGUCCCGUUAUAACUGUGAUUCUAUGAUACAUUGUAUGGUUCGGCCGCACCACGAGACGAAUUUCUCAUAAAUGGCUCAUAGCGCCGCAGUUUGUAAAUUUUAUCAUCUCUUGGAAUACGUGGUCACUUUGGAAUUAGCAAACAUAUAAUAUCGCUAAAAGUAAAUUACAUCGCCGUGAGACAAGGUGAUGAUAUCGGGUCUGUAAUUAAUUUUAUAGAAUUAAAUAAAUUCUGCAUGCAAUCAC